AUGACCCGCACGAGGGCCGCCACGGUCAACCAGGAUCUCCGUACCGACGACGACUCCUCUGCGCCGCCGACUGCUCCAACUACCGAACCCGUCGCUGUCGAAUCUGCUCCGGCCCCCGCGCAAGCCACAUCGGCAGACAAGAAAGAGGCCCCGACUAUCCGUUUCAUCCCCCAUCACGAGCCCCGCGCUUCUAGACCCUCUCUUACCUUCCCAAUCGUUACUCGCACAAUUGCUGCUGCUGGUCAACGGGUAAAGGUUGGCAGAUAUUCCGAGAGAGACCAGGCUGCCGAUGCUCAAGCAAGUGCAAAGACGGCAGCACCUGUUGGUUUUAAGAGCAAGGUUGUCAGUCGCAGACAUUGCGAAUUGUGGUGUGACAAUGGUCAAUGGUUUAUCAAGGACGUUAAGAGUAGUUCCGGCACUUUCUUGAACCAUGUGCGUCUGAGCAGCCCGGGUAUGGAGAGUCGUGCGUAUCCGCUCAACGAUGGUGAUAUCGUCCAGCUAGGCAUCGACUUCAAAGGCGGAGAAGAAGUCAUAUUCCGUUGCGUCAAGAUUCGCAUCGAAUGUAACAGAGGUUGGCAGAAGAGUCUUAACCAGUUCAACACGGCAACUCACAAAAACAUCCUAAAACAGGCAAAGGUCAACACCAAGGACAGCGACGCUCAAUCCACCCACAGCUCCGAGUGCUCAAUAUGUCUGAAUCCUGUUGCUCCUUGCCAGGCUCUAUUUGUCGCUCCAUGUUCGCAUGUUUGGCAUUACAAGUGUGUUCGCACCCUUAUUUAUCCCAGCUGGCCUAGCUUCCAGUGUCCAAACUGUCGCGCUUAUGCCGAUUUGGAGGCCGAUGUCGAACCACCAGAAGAAGAGUAUGAAAGUGACGACGUCGCCGACGCUCUCAAGGCCUCAGAAACCACCCAACCGAGGUCUCCCGAGCCAGAACCGCUGCCUGCAAUCGAGACUGGUGGUCUUGAAGACGAGGAUCUGACCGCCAUGAUGAACAGUGUUUCUAUAGCAAACCCAUCAGGCACGGACUCGAGCUCCGAAGGUGAAGCUGGACCUUCACGAGGCUCAGUGUCACAGCCCGUACCCAUCCUUGCUUCGACCAAUGCACCGGUAAACAGGAAUUUACCGGAGUCCAUCAUGGCAAGGUCCGCCACACCCACAUCUUCAGCACCCUUUGCUCUAGCAGCCGCAACUCUGGUACCCAUGGGUGAUGGACAAAACACGCCCAUGAACGAUGCUGGUCCGUUCCUUUUCGACAACAACCCGAGACGUGCAACAGCACAGCGUAACGUCGCCGACAUAGCUCGCGAGCCAGUCCACGAAGAAGCAGAAGAACAUCUUGCACAGUAA